AUGUUGAACUCUGACAACCCAGCUUUCUAUGAAUUCUCUGAACAGGAGCUUGCCCGGAUCGACCCUCGUCGGUACCCCUCUCUCUUUGACAGGACCAUAUACGAAUCCGAUGAAUUUCGGAUGUAUGGUUUUAAGAUUAAGCGGUGUCCGAGAACGAGGAGUCACGACUGGACACAGUGUCCCUAUGCCCACUGCGGCGAGAGGGCUCGCCGCCGCGACCCUCGGAGGUACAAUUACGCAGCCGUGGCCUGCCCAGAUUACCGCGAGGACGGAGAUUGCAUAAGGGGCGACGCCUGCCCGUUUGCUCAUGGGGUCUUCGAGUACUGGCUACACCCCGACAAGUACCGUACUCGCCCAUGCAAUGCCGGUGAGUCAUGCGAGAGAAAGGUUUGUUUCUUCGCGCACUCACUAGCCGAGCUCAGGCACCGCCGCAAUGGGCAUCGCCGACUCUUAGCCAUUGAUGAACCAGAAUUGGGAAGAAGUCGGCGCCAGAGAAGAGAAGCCUCGGCGUCAUCAGUGGCAGAGCAGCGGCCAAGUGAGGGUACUUCUACGCGGGGAAACAACCCUGAUUUUCUUGCGAGCUUAAGUGGCUUGACGAUCAGGCGAGGCUAUCAUCAAAGGGCUAGGGGAGUUCAGUGCCAGUCCGAGCAACAAAUGAUUAAUGCUCCUGAUAUAGGGUGGAUAGCUGAUCUCCUGAAUGAAUAA